AUGGGUCAGAGUCUUUCCUCUUCUGCAAAUAAUCAAGAUCAAGAUGGAGAUGUUAUAAUGGUUGAUGAUUCUGAAACAAAUGUUGAAGAUGUCGACGAUUCAGAAUAUAACCAUAGUAAUCAGAAUGGUUCCACUUCUUAUUCUUUACCUCACUCUCAAGCUAACAGAGUUCUCUCUCAAGAUCAUGCUCAACUUUCACAAACAGCAUUUGAACAUGUCCCUCAGAACGGCUCUCCCAGAGUUCUGCGCAUGACACCAGCAAGGCGCAGGCGACAGCUUUCCAGUUUACAUCCUUUUUUUCCAUCUGCGACCACUAUUAACCAAACCCAGAUUCCUUUGAGUAGACCGCUUACCCGUCUUCAACGACUUCAUCAAAAUUCAGGGGAAGAUGUAUCUUUGACACCUAGACAAACUGACGCAAUUUCGCCGAAUAUAUUACGAAGGAGUCGAACGAGAUCUUCUAGUUAUAAUGGGAACGACGAAGAUAUGACGGAUAGAACAGAAUCAAUUAUUACUGAUGAUAAUAAUCGUUAUUUCCAGACCACAGACCGGUCCACUACUAUUGAUACAAUUGUAAAUGGUAAUUUGGAUGAGGAGAUAACAAGGUCAAAUGGGUCAAAUAUCCGUGUUUUUGAUCGACCACGUAGAUCUAGUUCCAAUAGAGGAACAUCUAUACAUUCACAUUCAUCUGACACAUCAUCAGGUAAUGUCUCUGCUGAUAUAAGCAUGAAUUCAUCAACUGCUGGUACUCAAACAGAUCAUGCAACAGCGUCAACUCAACGUUUGAGACGAAGGGUAACUCGCAUUUCUGCACGAAGAUUAUUUAAUAUUGGAUCAGAUCAGGAAAAUGCAGUAAUUGAAGCAGAACGCGCUGCAAAUGAAGGACAUGAUGGGAGUUUUGAAAGUUUCUUGGCUGCACUUCAAAGGAGACGUCGAGAAGCUUCAAACAGACCUGCAAAUCAAACGACAUCAAAUGGGUCAAUAUCACCUGACGAACAGUCAACAUCAAGCGUCUCACCACGCGAUGACCUUAAUGGAAGUAAUGCUAAUGGCUCACAACAAAACGAAAAUAAUGUUCCAAAUAUGGAAAAUCGAAAUAUACCAGACAGCCGAUUUUCCCGGGCACGUUCAGCGACAUCAACGUCAUCAAAUCACACAUCAGCAAGGACGACAACGACUACUGGUACUCAAACACCACCGCCUCGUUCAUGGAUCAUAUAUGUUUUAGGUGGCACAUAUCCAUCCACUCAUCCACUUCUUACCACACCAUCAUUAUUUUCUGAUAAUCCUACAUAUGAAGAUAUGUUAUUACUGUCAUCACUUAUUGGACCAGCAAGACCACCUACUACGACACAACGUGAAAUUGAUGAAAAUUUACCAGUUGUUCUAUACAAUGAGAAUAUUCGAGGAGUGAAUGAAUAUGUUCUUUUAGGUAAUUCCGAGAAAUGUCAGGUAUGUUUAUGUGAUUAUGUCGCCAAUGAUGAAUUAAGAGUACUUAAUUGUCAGCAUGGCUUCCAUCGGGAAUGUAUUGAUAAGUGGCUUACUGAAGGAUCAAAUAAAUGUCCUAUUUGUCGAGGUAUUGGCGUUCCAAAUCGCGAGAACGAAACUACUAACAAUACAAUUCCAACUCCUGGAUUAGGAUUUUUUUAG